CUUCACACUGCCUAAAUAAUCAAUGAUAUAAACACUUUCACCAGAUUCAUCUAUUUACCCUUUUCUUUUCGCGCACACACCACAGCUCGAUAGUUUCGGAGUUUUUCGAUAAGCUCCAUAAUUUCGGAGUUUGUCUUGAGUUGGGAGUGUAUUUAUUGAACGCGAUAAUGAACUCCUCAUUAUUUGUGCUUUUUGGCGUGAUAGUAUUCGCGAAGUUCGCCCUGAUAAAACCACAACAGCAAGGGAGUAGCCUAACCCAGAUCGAGACAGCAGAAGCAAAUAAGAGAGCCGACAAAACAACGAAGUUUAAAUCAUUGCCAAACGAGCUAAGAUCCAAACUUAACAAAGCGCGUAACGACCUGAAGGCAGCAAAGCAGUAUGUCGCACUCGCGGAGAAGGCGGCGGCACUAAAUCAUCGCGGCACUACGGCUGAGAAAGCGGUCAAAGAUAUAAUCGCUAAGACCGAGAUAGUGCUUGUCCACGCGGGGGAGAAGAUGGGCUUGGACUAUGUGCAUUACAAGCGAAGUGUGGGGGACGAGGGGCCCUGGGACCGCUAAAUCAAGCGAUAACCAGUGCGCAUGCACACUUAAAGGAAUUUCAGACAAAAUUCUAAGAAGUGUACUCAGGGAAGGAGAAAAUAUUGAUCGAAUUUGGCGGUGGGCUUUUUUGUAAUCAAAUAAACUAUAUUUUUCACAGAACAAAUGAUUUCAUUCAGCUUGAUUGGGCACCGUAAGGUCAACUAGAUAUUCAUGGAGGCGGUAGGGAGGAUUUGCCUCCCAAUAAAGAUUACUAGUGCUGUUAUAAGGUUCCCGACGAGAUAGAGUGCUGUCGAUAAGAAUUCUUGGGAGACGCAAAAAGAGAAACUCACUUGGGCGAUCAUGAAGUGAGAAACUCACGUAGAUAUAAUAGCAAGCGGGCGAUCACGAAAAGAAACUCACGUAGAUAUAAUAGCAAGCGGGCGACCACGAAAAGACAAACUCACGUACAUAUAAUAUAAAGCAGGCGAUCACUUAUAUCUCGAGUGCGACGAAAUUGGUCAAGAUCGAGGUGGUCAGGGUCACGGACAAGAUCGAGGUGGUCAUGGUCACGGACAAGAUCGAGGUGGUCAUGGUCCCGGACAAGAUCGAGGUGGUCAUGGUCCCGGACAAGAUCGAGGUGGCCAUGGUCCCGGACAAGAUCGAGGUGGUCAUGGUCACGGACAAGAUCGAGGUGGUCAUGGUCCCGGACAAGAUCGAGGUGGUCAUGGGAUCUUGGAAAAAAGACAAAGGGUCCCCCUAUAACUAGUUUCUCCUUUAUCCUUCUUAUUAACCCUGUUCCAGUGGUCCCAUUUACACUAAAUGCAUUAAAGCCUUUUCACAACAUUCGUUUAUUGCCUUGAGAAACAUUCCUAUACACAUUUGUUCCUUUCCGGACGGAGAUUGGAUCUCCAAUAAAUGUACAAUUGAUUAAAAUAAAAUACCUUUGUGACAAA